AUGGCUGUCAGUAAUACGGCACCUACAACUGGGGGCCUUGCUGCGGUCUCCCGGCGUCGCGCUGGGCUCGCUGGUCCCUCCGGAAUCAAAGGUCUCAUGUCAAAUCUCCGAAUCUUCGCUAUCGCAGUUUUCGCAUCACUCGGUGGCCUUGUGUAUGGCUACAAUCAAGGAAUGUUCGGUCAGAUUCUCAGCAUGACUUCUUUUUCCAACACUGUGCACCCGGAGUCUAUCACAAACCCCACAUUGAGGGGAUUUCUCACCGCUAUCUUGGAGCUAGGAGCCUGGGUUGGUGUUUUGGUGAACGGAGUCCUUGCAGAUGCUCUAGGUCGCAAGCAAGCAACAGUAUCCGGGGUUGCAGUUUUCCUCAUCGGUGUCAUUGUUCAGGCAUGUGCGAAAAACGCCGACUACAUCCUCGGCGGCCGCUUUGUGACUGGUAUCGGUGUCGGUAUCUUGUCUAUGAUCGUGCCCUUGUAUAAUGCUGAACUCGCACCACCCGAGCUUAGAGGCUCCCUUGUUUCUCUCCAACAGCUUGCUAUCUGCUUUGGGAUCAUGAUUUCUUACUGGAUCGGAUACGGCACUAACUACAUCGGAGGAACUGGCGAGGGCCAGUCAAAUGCAGCAUGGUUGGUUCCCGUGUGUAUUCAGAUUGUCCCCGCGAUCGCACUUGGAGUUGGAAUUCUCUUCAUGCCUCCAAGCCCUCGCUGGCUGAUGGUGAAAGGGAGAGAGGAAGAAUGCCUGGCAGUAAUUGCAAACCUACGAAGCCUGCCCACCGACAGCGAGUUGGUGCAACUGGAAUACCUAGAAGUGAAGGCGCAAGACCGGUUCGAGAAAGAGACGUCUCUGGCAAAGUUCCCUCAGUACCACAGUCCAGGGUGGAUGAACAAAGUCAAACUCGAAUUCCAUGAAUAUGCCAGUUUGGUGACGAACAGGUCAUUGUUCAAACGCACUGUCGUGGCUGUUUUUAUCAUGGUCUUUCAACAAUGGUCGGGAAUCAAUGCCAUUCUUUACUAUGCAGCGUUCAUUUUCAAAGACUUAGGCCUCACUGGAAAUACUAUCUCUUUGCUCGCUAGUGGAGUGGGUGGUAUUCUCCUAUUUCUGGCCACCAUCCCUGCAGUGCUCUAUAUUGAUCAGCUUGGUCGUAAACCCGUCCUGAUCGCAGGUGCCAUUGGUAUGGGUAUUGCUCAUUUCAUCGUGGCUGGCCUUGAUGGACAGUACAACACCAGCUGGGCUGAUCAUAAGGCUGCGGGCUGGGUUGCUGUUGUCUUCGUCUGGAUUUAUCAAAUCAACUUUGGUUACUCAUGGGGCCCAGGUGCAUGGGUCAUGGUUGCCGAAAUCUUCCCUCUUGGAGUCAGAGCCAAAGCAAUCUCAAUUGGUGCUUCUUCAAAUUGGCUCAACAACUUUGCUAUCGGUCAAGCCACCCCUCAGAUGGUUGCGCAAAUGGGCUACGGAACCUUUAUCUUCUUUGGAGCCAUGUGUAUCCUUGGUGCACUUUUCAUCUACUUCAUGGUUCCUGAGACCAAGAAUUUGACCCUUGAGGAAAUGGAUGAAGUCUUCGGGGAUGAAGCCGGUAGUGCAAUUGAAGACAGAAACCGCUUGCUUCAGAUUUACACUGAAUUGGGACUCUUGGAUUUAGGUUCCACUGAAGAAAAGGCUGAAAUUGUCAGUCCAUGA